AUGCAUGCAGUAUCUUCCUUACAACCCACGCCUCCUAAACAAGUCUCCCACCACGACAUGCUUCCUUUCUUCAACCAAUCUAUGGAACUCGUUCCCAAUCCCCUCAAAACACGAACUCGUCACUCUCCUACACUUGGUGAGCUUCUCAAACGCGUAGAAGAUGCUCAAAACGACAGCAAUAAUGCUCAACCCCAUCAUGUUCUUGACCUUUCUUCCCCCUCUUGUUCCACCACUCUUCCCCCACCUUUUUUCCUUUCUUUCACUAACUUGACUUACAGUGUCAAGCUGAACCAAAAGUUGACUUGCUUUUCUUCCAAUCAAAAUUCUCUUCCAAUUGAUCAGGAAACCGAAACUAAACCAAAUGGCACCAAGAUUCUCCUUAACAACAUCUCCGGUGAAGCGAGAGACGGCGAAAUCAUGGCAGUUCUUGGUGCAAGCGGCUCUGGCAAGUCAACUCUCAUAGACGCUCUCGCAGACAGAAUUUCCAAAGAAUCUCUCAAAGGUACUGUAACUCUAAACGGCGAUGUUUUAGAGUCAAGCCUCCAGAAGGUAAUUUCAGCUUAUGUCAUGCAAGACGACCUUCUCUUCCCUAUGCUCACCGUGGAAGAAACUCUUAUGUUCUCGGCGGAGUUUAGACUCCCUCGCUCUCUCUCCAAAUCAAAGAAAAAAGCUCGUGUCCAAGCACUCAUCGACCAGCUCGGUCUCCGCAACGCCGCCUCGACCGUCAUAGGAGACGAAGGUCACCGUGGUGUCUCAGGUGGAGAACGCCGCCGUGUCUCAAUCGGUACAGACAUUAUCCACGAUCCAAUCAUUUUAUUCUUAGACGAACCAACCUCCGGUCUUGACUCCACCAGCGCAUACAUGGUGGUUAAGGUCUUGCAGCGAAUUGCUCAAAGCGGGAGCAUAGUCAUGAUGUCAGUUCAUCAACCAAGCUACAGAAUCCUCGGACUGUUAGACCGUUUGAUCUUCCUCUCCCACGGUCAAACCGUCUACAGCGGUUCUCCGGCGAGCAUCCCUAGUUUUUUCUCCCAGUUCGGUCAUCCUAUACCGGAAAACGAAAACCGAACGGAAUUUGCACUGGACCUAAUCCGCGAGCUUGAAGAAACACAAGGAGGAACCAAAGGUCUUGUGGAGUUCAACAAAACAUGGCAGUUGAAAAAUCAACCACUUUCAGCAAAAGUCUUUAACAACGGAGCCAAACUGUCGUUAAAAGACGCCAUCAGCGCGAGCAUUUCAAGAGGGAAACUAGUCUCAGGAACUAACAGCGGAAACGGAAAAUCAACCGCUUCAGUUGCAACGUUUGCUAAUCCGUUCUGGAUUGAAAUGGCGGUUAUCGGAAAACGCUCUCUAACAAACUCACGGAGGAUGCCGGAACUAUUCGGAAUCCGCUUGGGUGCAGUUCUGGUCACCGGAGGAAUCUUAGCCACCAUCUUUUACCAUCUUGACGAUUCACCAAAAGGUGUUCAAGAGCGUUUAGGUUUCUUCGCCUUCGCCAUGUCAACAACCUUCUACACCUGCGCAGAAGCCAUUCCCGUUUUCCUCCAAGAGCGUUACAUUUUCAUGAGAGAAACUGCCUACAACGCUUACCGUCGUUCCUCUUACGUCCUUGCUCAUUCCAUCAUCUCCCUCCCUGCACUAGUCUUCCUCUCCUUCACCUUCGCCGUCACAACUUUCUGGUCAGUCGGACUCGCUGGUGGAACAUCUGGUUUUCUGUUCUACUUUUUAACAAUAUUAGCUUCUUUCUGGGCAGGGAGUUCCUUCGUGACGUUCCUCUCCGGCGUAGUCUCCCAUGUGAUGCUUGGUUUCACGGUGGUGGUUGCGAUAAUGGCCUACUUUCUUCUCUUCAGCGGAUUCUUCAUCAGCAGAGACAGAAUUCCACCUUACUGGAUAUGGUUCCAUUACCUGUCACUGGUGAAGUACCCUUUUGAAGGAGUGCUUCAGAAUGAGUUUGAUAUUAACCCACCAAGAUGCUUUGUGAGAGGAAUUCAGAUGUUCGAUAACACGCCACUCGGGGAUGUGCCCGGGAGUUUGAAGGUGGAGCUGCUGAAGAGCAUGAGCAGGACGCUUGGGAUUAACAUAACGAGCGACACUUGUGUUGUUACAGGAGAAGAUGUACUGAAGCAGCAGGGGGUCACACAGCUUAGUAAAUGGAAUUGCUUGUUCAUCACCAUUGCUUGGGGUUUCUUCUUUCGGUUCCUCUUUUACUUGGCGUUGCUUUUUGGAAGCAAGAACAAAAGGAAAUAA